AUGACUCCAACCUUAUUGAGAGUGGACAUAUUGAAACGUUUUGGAAGAGAAAGACUUGACGAGGAUAUAGUGUGAGUUGAUUUACAUUAGUUAUUUGUAUUUUUAGUGUUAACUCUGAAAAGCAAGGAUUUGCUCUAAAGUCUUGUGGGAGGAUACCUGCUGGCAUUGCGUUUGAUUCAAAACCUAUUUCACAUCGUUUCCUCCCCGUACGAUUUGUGGACUUUGGAGUUUUGCACAAGUAAGUGAUAGUUAGAGUGUUAACUAUGUUAUCAUUGAUAUUUUUGUGUUUGCGACGAUUUAUUUGAGCUACGAUUAAUAGUUUUACUAAAUGUUGUGUCUUUAGGCAACUCCAUGGCUCACCGACGACCUUUAAACGUUGGCAUCAAGACGAGGCAUCUGUUUUCUGUAAACCAUCGCAAGUUGAAGAAGAACUCUCACAAAUUUCGCUAUUUACUGCUAAAAUUUUGAGGAAUUUCAAAUUAGAUGUGGUGUUUCAAGUGGUCAAUAACCAGUAUUUUGGAAAAAUAGUUGAAGGUUUAAAGAAACUUGAUGUAAAAUACGAAAUUGAUGCCGAUUCGAGUGGAGAAACGAUUUUAAAGUGUUAUACAAAGCUGGAUAAUGGUGAAUAUUGGAGCGGGGCUAGUGUUAAAUUAGACGAAACGACGCCUAAAGUCAUGGAUUUAAGUUAUAAUGAGUAAGUUUUUUGUGUAUCGUAAAUUUUGACGCUUUAUCGUAUAAACAAAGCAAAAUUAUGUUUUUCAGAGGGAACGCAGUAAAAACGACACCGAUCUUGAUCUCUCAUUCCGCGAUUGGGCCUUUUGAUGACUUUUUGAAGUUGAAACUGUAG